AUGCAGUACCUGUCCAAAGCGUACAACUACUACUCGGGGAUUAAUCCCGCGACACUGUCUGGCGCUAUUGACAUUAUUGUCGUGCGCAGCGUUGACGAGGAUGGCGAGGAGACACUAGCAGGCUCACCAUUCCACGUCCGCUUCGGCAAGCUGCAGGUGCUGCGCGCAGGUGAGAAGCGCGUGACUCUGCGCAUGCCGAACAACCUCCCCGCGCCACAUGUCGCCCCCUUCAGCAUGAAAGUCAGCGAGACCGGCGAGGCGUUCUUCGUCCUCGAGACCGAGGAGGAGGUGCCCGCGGAACUCAUGACGUCGCCAGUGGUAGCGGCAGCAGACGCUGACGACGUGCCUCCACCAAAAGACGAGGACUUUGGCUUCCCAGAUCCAAACGCGGAGAAGUCGCGCACGCAGCAGCCAUUCGGGGCGACUGAGAAGCUUGUGUCUCACGAGGGGCACGCGGACAGCCUGUCAACCCUGCCUGAUGUCGAGCCGCUUGAUCUCAAUGCCGGUGCAGGAGCCGAUGGAACAGGUACAGCCACCCCACCCGAACCCGACUCGCUUGAUAUCUCGCACGCCUCUACAAGCCGUCGCCCCUCCACUGAAGGUGGCCGCCCGCGGCGGCCUUCCGAUGCCGGGCGCCUCGAUGCGCCACCUAACCCUCUCGAGGCGGAACCAGGAGAGGGCACGGAUCUGCCCAUUCGCAACUGGCAUCUCAAAUACGCAACCCACAAACCCGACGGCAGUCUAGAGCUCCCCAAGGUCCCCAAGGGCAUGCACGACGGGCCGGAAGUGAUGUACGGCAAGGACAUUGUCCUCGACGCGGCCGGCUACCAUGCCGCCGACAAGGAGAUCCAGAGCAAGGCGGUCCAGGAGCUCAGGAAGGUCGCGUCCAAGUCGCAGAUCACCGCGUCGGCCCUCCCGCCCUCAGCGUCGACACCGACGUCACCGUCUAUGUUCCCUAGACCUGACCCGCCCGCGGGCGCAUCGACCAUCCAAGAUGAGCACGUCGAGGAGCUUGUCAAUGACCUCAUGGCGUCUGCGACGCCCAAGACUCAGAGCGAGGAGCUGUCGGCGUCGAUUGCCGCGCUGUCCCUUGAGGACAAGUCGCGUCCCAGCAACGUCUCCCCGAAGAAGGGACCCGCGCUGGACCGGGCUCAGACCGAGCCUCCUGAGGAGCUCGCCCAGAGCAGCAUCAGCCGUCCGCUGUCGCCCACGGGGGGGAGACUCGAGAACCAGGCUGAGAUGGACCUCGCCUGGGACUGGAGCCAGCUUCCCAAGGACAAGGAAGGAAAGGAGGAUAAGGACAAGGAACACAAUGUGGCCAAGGUCGACGGGUCCCCCGUUGUCGAGCGCCCGCAGGUGCCUCAACGCGGCGACAGCCUGCCGGUCGCGCUCGACGGUGUUGCUCAGCCCAAGCCACUUGCGACUCUCAGGCCCCUCGACGACGACAACUAUACGUACAUGCUGCAGUGCGACAACCGCGUGCACAUGUUCGAGCUCUCACUGUGUGGCAACGACGAUUACGCGCCCGAGGGCAAAGCAACGCAAGAGGAGCGUGACCAGUUUGACGAGCACCGCGUGUCGUUUGCCAAGUUUGUCGAGGAGGCCGCGACUGUCGACGACAUCAAGCUCAUCGUCAAGUACAAGGGCCUGUACCUGUCGUGGAAGACGGGGUACCAUGUGCUCUUUGCGCUUGCGAUCUACCGUCGCUCGAUGACGCCGCCAAAGGCCCAGCCCGAGGUGCCACAACGCCAGUCGGGCUACUGGUCGAGAUGGUGGCGUAGAACCGAGUCGACUGGCAACGCCAUCGAGCGUGUGCAGUCGGCGUCGGGCGUAGAGGUACCGUCCAAGGAGAAGCUGGUCCUGCCUCCAACCUCGGCGACGUCGCCGCCCUCCGAGGUCCCUUCACCUUCAGCGACCCCUGUGCCACCCGCGCCAGCUUCUGCGCCUGGUACGCCUCCAGCGCCUGAGCCUCCUGUCGAGGAGAAGCACUAUGCCAAGACGCUUCGUCUCUCAUCAGACCAGCUCAAGGAGCUUCAGCUCAAGCCCGGCCCUAACACGAUCCAGUUCUCUGUGACGUCGAGCUACUCUGGUAACGCGGUCGUCACUGCUCGCAUUUUCCUGUGGGAGGAAACGGACCAGGUCAUCAUCUCGGAUAUUGACGGGACGAUCACCAAGUCGGACGCGCUGGGUCAUGUGUUCGCGGCCAUCGGACGCGACUGGACGCACGUCGGCAUCGCCAACCUGUACACCGACAUCACGAACAACGGGUACAAGAUGAUCUACCUGACUGCACGCGCCAUCGGGCAGGCCGACACGACGCGCGAGUACCUCAAGACGAUCGUGCAAGGGGACUACCGUAUGCCCGAGGGCCCAGUCAUCAUGUCUCCCGACCGGUUGAUGGCGAGUCUGCAUCGCGAGGUCAUUCUGCGGAAGCCAGAGCUAUUCAAGAUGGCGUGCUUGCGUGACAUCCAGCGCCUCUUCGGCAAGUACGCUAAGAGCGCGUUCUUCGCAGGCUUUGGUAACCGCAUCACGGACGCGAUGUCUUACCGGUCCGUGGGAAUCGGGACUGGCAAGAUCUAUACCAUCGACAGCACCGGUGUGAUCCUCACCGAGCUCCUCCAGACAUCUCACCGGGGUAGCUAUGUCGGUCUCAACGAUCUUGUCAACGAGGUCUUCCCGCCUGUCAAAACCAAGUUCCAGCCCCAGUACACCGACUUCAACUACUGGAAGGCGCCGAUUAUGGACAUCCCGCUGCCAGACUUUGCUCCUCCUUCUCCAGCCCUCUCGGCGCGCUCUGACACCUCUGGUGCGUCCCGCCUCAGUGUCCUGGGCCGCAUUGCAACACUCGGUAGACGCGGCUCGCGCUCGCCCCCGCCCGAAGGGCUCAGCCAGACCUCGCGGCCUACCUCGCCUCUGCUCGGGCCGAGCGUCACGGCUGAUGACCUCGAGGAUGACGAGGACGAGGACGAUCUCCAGAACUGGAGUGGUAGUACACCCGCAAUGACGGCCGCACGAAGGCGGCGCGACUCGGGUAGCUCGAUGCCGGGCUCGUUUGAGAACGGCAACGCGUUCCCACCCGAGUGGGACGAGGAGAGCCAGGGCUCACAUGGGUCCAAGGACCACGAGAACUGCGAGCGCGAGCACGAGAACUACGAGGACGACGAGAUGUUUGACGACGACAUUCUGGCAACGGGCGAGAUGGCCCAUGUGCCGUUCUAG